AAUUACGAUUUCACCAAGCAUACGCGGUUCAUUCAAAGACAAUGUUUGUAAAUACAUCGUAGGGAUUGUUUUUAUUCCUGAUUAACUGAUAUAAUCAAAAUGUCAAAUGAGGAUCCUUUAAAGGACAGGCUAAAAAGCCUGUAUGAGAUCUGUGCUAAUCACCAUGACAACGCUGAAGGACAGGAGAUGCUCCCUCUGAGCCAGGAGGGUCUACUGGAUGGUUUUCUCACUCUGUAUGAUGAGUGUACCCAUGACAACCUGGCUCGCAUUAAACACAUAUCAGGCUUCACCAAGAAAUAUGAAGAUGCUGUGAACGAAGCCCACCAGUUGAUGUUGAAAGCCUCUGACUUCGAGGUGAAAGACAUCAUUGGCCGCGGCCAUUUUGGGAUAGUGCAGGUCGUGAAGGAGAAGAAGCUGGAAACAGUUUAUGCAAUGAAAGUUCUCAGGAAAAAUGACAUCUUGUCACAACCAGAGAUUUCCUUCUAUAAGGAGGAGCGUGACAUCAUGGCAUUGGCGACCAGCGAGUGGAUCACACGACUCCACUACGCUUUCCAGGACAACUCCUGUCUCUAUCUCGUCAUGGACUUCCAUCCUGGUGGUGACCUGCUUUCUCUACUCUCAAGACAUGAUGACAUAUUUGAAGAGGACAUGGCUCGCUUCUACCUGGCUGAGAUGUCAGUUGCCAUCAAUGAUCUUCAUCAGAUGGGUUAUGUGCACAGAGAUAUCAAACCCGAAAACAUUUUACUGGACCAGAAAGGUCACAUUAAACUUGCUGACUUUGGUUCUGCUGCUAAGAUGUCUGCAGACAUGCUGGUCUCGUCUCGUAUGCCUGUUGGUACCCCGGACUACGUUGCCCCGGAAUUGUUGACGUCAAUGAACAGCAACCGUGGACCUCGCACCUACAGCGUGGAGGUCGACUGGUGGUCGCUGGGCAUUUGUGCCUACGAGAUGAUGUAUGGGAAAACCCCUUUCACUGACGACUACGGCUCCAUGGUCACAACCUACAGCAAUAUCAUGAACUUUAAGAGUAAGUUAAAGUUCCCGGAGGACAGCAGCGUGUCGGAGUCUGCCAAGGAUCUGAUGAAGAGUCUGCUGAUGGAACAAGACCAGCGCUACACCUGGAAGGACAUCCGCGGCCACAAGUACUUCAACACCAUCAGCUGGAGCUGCAUCGGCAAAACUUCACCGCCAUUUAUCCCGACCGUCAACAGCCUGGACGACACAUCCAACUUCGAGGAAGUAGAGAAGGUGAAGCCCCAGCCCUCACUGGAUGAGUUCAAGAUUCAGAAGGAUUUCUCUGGGCGAGAUCUGCCAUUCGUAGGAUUCACCUAUGUCAGGGAUCUGAAGGACCUCUGCUACUGUUCCUGCCACAGUGGUAAGGUGUCAACAACUAUCCUGAAGGAGUCCGACGGCAACACCUCCUGCUCCACAGCGCUCCAGACGGCUCCAGACUCCACCAAUCUGGAGGUAACGUUGACUGUGAAGAUUGCGGAGCUGAGGUCGCUGAAGGAGCGGUGCAGUGAGCUAGAGGACUCGGAGAUCAGGCUGAAGUCAGAGGUGGAGCAAUGGAAACACAAGUUUGAGGAUACGGCCGACCAGAGUAGCUUGCGGGAAGGGGAGACAACCAUGUUACAGAAGGAUGUGGACAUGUACAUCAACAAAACCAAGGUGUUGAGUGAACAGUUGAUGAAUGAUUCUGAUGAGCGGCAGCAGUUGGAGAAACAGGCAGAGCAGAUGUAUUUCCAGAUACAAGAAAUGUCUCAAGAGGCUCGGAACAUCCAGGAUGAACUCGCCAUGAACCAGGUGGACGACCUCCGUGACAUCAUCAGCCAGCUGGAGAUGGAGAAUGAGAACCUUAUGAGGCGACUACGGCAGAAGGACAGGCAGCAUCACACUAUCACCAACAACCUCAACGAAACACAGAAACAACUGACUAGCGUCCAGCUCAAACUAGAUAAGGAGAGGAGGAAGUCUCGGGACGACCAACGCCGCGACCUGGCAAUGAUGGAGAACAGAGAUGAAGUGUGGAAACAACAGCUGGAACAGAAGCAGGCGUCCAUUGAUGAUCUCAACAAGAAACUCAGGGACCUCGAGGACCUGGUGGAGGCGUAUGAACAGCAGGAACAGGAACAUGCUGAGGAGAUUGAGCUGCUCCACAACAAGAUGAACACGUCCCUGAGGGAGAACGGUCUCGUCGUGCCGCACAUCGUCCGGUCUGAAGAACCCAGGAAGAGGAAAGUGGAGCUGUUUGUCACUCUCCAGACUGGGAGACCUUCUCUACUGAACAACAGUCACCUGGAGGACAAGAUCAAGGACCUGGAGUCGCUGAUUGACCACUACAGCGGGGAGGCCAAGGCUUGGCGUCGGCGGGAGGAUGACAUGAAGAACACCAUUCAGAAACUCCAGCAGCAACAGACGGAGAACAAUGUCCUGAAUGAGUCCAAAAAUCAGAAGAAGGAGAGUCUCUUCAACCACCUGAAGCUGUACCAGCAGGAGGUGCAGGACCAGAAACAGCUCAUCAAGGACCUGCAGUCCACCAUGAAGAGUUGCCUGGCCGAGAGGCAGGUCAAGUCUGGUGAGCUGCGGCUGCUGGUGCAGGAGCUGGAGACAGAGAAGCAGAGCCUGGAGCGGGAGUUUGAGCAGGAGCAGGAGGUGGCUGAGGAGCACAGGGCUCUCCUGGACAAACAGAAUAAGGAGCUGGAGGAGUUGUCUGUCCUUGUUUCCAAACUUCAGGAAGAAUGUGAGGAUGCUGAAAGAGAGAAGAAAAAUAUCAUGGAGGAAUACACUGCUAGACUUGAUACCUCUGUACAGAAGUUGACUUCGGAGAAGCUCACCCUUGAGAAGAAGAUUGCAUCACUCCACAGCCAGUCUGAGUCUCUGCAGCGACAGGUGGAUGACUUGGCUGACAGGCUGAAGUCCGCUGACCGCCGUCUUUCUGAGUCCAAGACUCAGAUACAGCAGCUGUGUGAGGAGAAGGCCAACCUCCAGAUGAGGAUGGAGUCCCUCCAGAGGAGGUCCGCCAGUCAGGAUGAGGACAUGAAGGCAAAGGCAGAACUCAACGUCCAGAUCAACACUCUACAGAAGGAAAAGAGAGCUAUUGAGACCAAGGUGGAAGAUCUGUCUGAGGAGAAGGAACAGAUUGAGAGGAAGAUGAAGAACUUGGAGAAGGACAAGGAAGAUUUGAAGGUGAAGGUUCAGAAGUUGGAAGAGAUUGAGAGGGAGAAGGGUCAGUUGGAGAGGAAGUUGAGUCGGUUGGAGAGAGUGGAGAAGGACAAGGAGGAAAUGGAACAGAAGCUGGAGAAGUUAAGGAGUGUUAGCCGGGAGAAACAGGACUUGGAGACCAAGCUGAUGAGGCUUGAGAGGGUUCAGAAGGAGAAGGACAGACUGGAGGAACAGCUGCAGGGUGUGGAGAAAGAGAAACGAGAACUUGAGAGGAAGAUAGUGAGAAUAGAACGUGGGGAGAAGGAUAGGGAAGGUGUACAGGAAAAGUUGGAGAAGGACAAGACUUCUUUAGAGGAGAAGAUUCGGAGGUUGGAGAAAGUGGAGGAAGAGAAGCAUCAGCUUCAGGAAAAGGUGAUCAGGUUGCAGAGACUUGAGGUGGAGGUGGAUGAGCUUAAGGACAAACUGAAGAAUAUGGAGAAGUCUGAAAAGGAGAACCUGAAAAAAAGUGAAAAGGAGAAGUCUCAUCUCGAAGAGAGGGUUCGGCAGCUGAAGAAGGUGGAAGAUGAGAAGUGUGAGCUACAGGGGAAGGUGACCAGGUUGCAGCGACUUCAGGCAGAGGUUGAAGAGCUUAAUGACAAGCUAAAAAAUGUAGAAAAGUCUGACAAGGAAAAGAGUCAGAGACUGUCUAGGACAGAGGAAGACAGGGUGAAAAAGGAAUCACUGGUACAAAGACUUAACCUUGAGAAGAAAGACUUAGAGCAGAAGGUUAAAAAGCUGGAGAUGAUGAAAUAUGAAUUGGAGAAGACAGAGGAUGAGAAGAGAGAUCUGGAGGUGAAGGUCAUUCGAUCUAGGAAGCUGGAGAAUGAGAAGAAGGAUUUAGAGGACAAAUUACGGGAUUUGGAAAAAGGCAAAUUUGAUGUUCAAAAGGCUGAAGAAGAAAGGAGAACUCUUGAGAGGAAGGUGAGUCGGUUGGAGAAGAUGGAGGUAGAGAAGAGGGAUCUGGAAGAAAAGCUGAAGAAGACACAAAAGGAGAAACAGGAUCUGGAGAAAUCAGAGAAGGAGAAGAGAGAACUUGAGAUCAAGGUGAACUGCUUGGUACACUUAGAGACUGAAAAGAAAGAAUUAGAGACAAAGGUAAAACAGUCGGAUAAGUUAGAGAAAGAGAAGCAAUCCUUAGAGAAAAAUUUAAGGAAGUUGGAAAGUGAAAAAGAACUACUUGAGAAAAAGGUGGAGGAUUUGGAAAAAAAGGUCCGUGAGAAAUCUGGUAGUGACAACAGGCGUUCGUUGGUUGAUAGGUUGCAGACAGAGAAAUCUGACCUCCAACGAAAGGUUGAAACUCUUGAGAAGGAGAAAGAUAAUCUGAAUCGGGACAAUUUGAGAAAGAGGACAUCCAUGCAUGAAAGUGACCUUCAGAAGGCAAAGAAUGACCUUGAAGACAAAGUCAAGAGAUUAGAAAAAGUGACUGGGGAUCUUGAACAAGAACUCAGCCGUAGCAAAGAACAGAUCAACCAGAUAAAUGAUCAAGGUAGUAGGAGGCAUUCUGUACAGGAUAAGGUUGUGUCACUUAUGAAGGAAAAUGCCAGUCUCAGAGUUUCCCUGGAGAAGUCCAAAUCACAGGCAGAAAAGGCAGCUGAACUGAAGACAGAGAAACUUAAGCUUGAAUCUCAAGUGGAUGAGCUCCAGCUGGUUAGAAAUAGUUUGAAAAGGACAAAAUCAUUUGCUGUGUCCAAAGACAAUCAGGUUGAUGACCUUGAGCAAGAAAAAAGAUACCUAGAGGCCAAGGUUAAUGGUCUGCAGAAGCAGCUUGACCAAAAGAAGGUAGCAGACGGCAAAAGCAGUGAUCAGACGUCUGAGUUAGUCAGUCUCAAACAGGAGAAGGUGAAGUUGGAGGAACGGGUGAAGCAGCUGACAGAGAUGACAGCAACGCUGCAGAAGGAGCUGGAGACGUUGUUGGAGGAGACGGAUGGUGUGGAUGACCUGAAGGAUCAGAAUGAGAAGCUGCAGACAGAGAUGGACUCGCUGAAGAAGAAGCUUGAUGCACAGGAUCAGGUCAAGAACUCAAACCAGAACAACAACAGUAGUCUGGCCUCUCUGCGACAAGAGCUGAACGAGUCUAACUUGGCACUGAGUGAGGCGAGGUCGCUUCUGUCUGCUGCGCAGCGCCAGGAGUUGGAGCUGCGAGAUCAGAUCCACCUGAUGCAGAGGCAGCUGGACAACAACGCCAUGGAACGUGGUGUCAAGAGAAACGAUGAACAGCCAGCCGUCCAACAUGUACAGGAGGUUGUGAAAGUCGCUCAAGAUGAGAAGGACGCAGAGCUUCGUCUGUUGAAGUCCAAGUAUGAAAUGUUCACCAGACAGAACAAGACUCUGGAGGAGAAACUGGUGAAGAUUCAGAAGGAGCGUAGCCUUGACAUUCUGGAACUGGCCAAGGUCAAGGCCCAGAUUAAUGACAAGGACAGGCAGAUAGAGCUGGAGGUCAAGAAAGUGGAGAAGUUCCGUGGGGUGUGUAAGGAACUGGAGGAACAGAUGAAGGACCUGGAGGCUCUUGUGGCAGAGUACGAGAAGCGGGAAGCCGAGUGGAAUAAGAUCAGGAAGACGUAUGAACAGGUGGUGGAUGAACGAGAGGAGGAACUUGAGGGAACCAGUCAGAGGUUGUCAGCCAUAGAGCAUGCCAGAUCUUCCAAUGACCAGCGUCUGACAAGCCUGAAGCAGCAGCUGAAGUCCGCCAAGGCUGCCCACAAGAGUGAAGUAGAGGCAUUAAACCACAAAUUGUGGGAAGAGAGAGCCAAGGGACAGAAGUUCAACAACAAGAUGUCUGAUCUGAAAGAAAAGUGUGAGAAGAGCGAGCAGAUCCUGAGUCACCAGAAGCAUAUCCUGGAUGCCCAGGACACCGACAAGAUCAAGCUGAAGGAGGAGAUCUCCAAGAUCCUGACUGAGAACCAGGAACUUAGAGGGAACAACCUGAAGCUGAGGAAGAACCUCGAUGAAGCCAUGGACAAGUUCGAGCUCAUCUUCGGGGAGAAGAUUGAUCUCGAGAACUUUACUGAAGCCAUGCAGGGCCUCCACUUCUUGGAGAAAUACAAGUUUGAGAGUACCAUCGGCCAGCAGAUGAAACUGAUAGACUAUCUACAGGAACUGUGGCAUGAUAGUAUGUCCAAGAAGAAGAAGCCUGGCAAGAUUUUUGGCAGCAUGAGAGGCAAGGACGCACCGACUGUUGUUCCACAGUGGAAGGAGUUUCAGGCCAGUCUGGAGUCGGAGAGAAAGAAGAACUGUAAACUCCAGGAGCAGCUGGACCGACUACGCCAGGAGAACUACCAGCUGUCCAAUGACUUACUGAAGCUGAAGGGUCCCCUCCGUGAAAAACUCAUCUUGGAUGGUACCAGUACUCUCACCCCCAAGGUGAAGGCCGCUGUAGCCGCCCUUGCACAGUCUCCGUCCAGUCAGCCCGACCCUGGUACACUGAUGCCAGACGUUGCCUCCUACGUCGUAGGAACCCCAUCAGCACCACAGCCUAAAGCAACGCGCAUGCAUCACAACAUCCCACACCGGUUUGUCACCGGCCUCAACACCCGGGCCACGAAAUGUGCUGUGUGCCUUGGCAGUGUCCACUUCAUCAAACAGGCCGCAAAAUGUCAAGAAUGUCAUAUAGUGUGCCACCCCCGAUGUGUGACGUCAGUCCCGGCGUCGUGUGGCCUGCCCACAGAGUAUGUGAGUCACUACACGGGGAUGAUGGCGCGAGUCAACACCGAGCAGCCUCUGUACUACGGGGAGGAGGAGGAGGAGAAGGAUCUGAGCAGCGCCAUACGCAUGGAGGGAUGGCUGAAAGUGCCGCGAACUGGCAAGUCAAGUUGGGAGAAGCGCUACGUUACACUAGACGGCACAUGGCUGAUGGUGUACAACCAGCAGAAUGAUGGCAACCCUGUCGACACCCUGGAGUUGAACCCUGGGGAUGCUGAAGUUAGCGUCCACAGUGCCGUCACAGCCGCAGAACUGUCCAACACCGCUUCAAGUGACCUCGCCUACGUUCUCCGGGUAGAUCAAGAUCCCAUCACCACCUGCUGGCCGGGAAGAGUGAUGUACCUGAUGGCUCUGACGUUUGCGGAGAAGCAGAAGUGGGUGGCAUCGCUGGAAGCGGCUGUCAAGUGUGCCACAAAGGGCGAGGCUUUCAGGAAGAGUAGAAUCCAGAUGAACACAGUUUUGACGUUUACUGAAAGGAAGGAGGUCAACAGCACCCUCGUUCUCUCAAAGCAGCUGGUCCUGCUCGGAGCGGAAGAGGGACUGUUUGCCAUGAACCCCCAGAGUCCAGUGACCAGUGACAAGGUCCUCGUUCCCCUGACUGGCAUCUCCAACAUCCACCAGAUGACCCUCGCCGCCGGGCUCGCUCGCAUGAUCAUCAUGAUUGUAGGUACUGAUCGUCGACUGCUGAUGGUGGAGAAGAAGUUGAUCAAGCUGCGACUGACUCAGUGUAACGGUGGUGAGACAGCCCCCCUCCCCUACAAGCAGAUCGACGGGGUGCAGGGCUGUACGGUGUUUGAUGUGGGCAUGUGGCAGGACAGCACCUACCUCUGUGUGGGCAUGACAGACAGGGUGCUACUGAUGAAGUACAACCCCAGUCUCGCCAUGUUCUGUACCAGAAAGGAGUUUGACUCAUAUGAGCCAUGCAGCUGUGUGUGUAUAGCUGAGAGUUAUGCCCUGGUCGGUACAGAGAAGUUCUACAGAAUCAGUCUGGACCACCCGUCCAUGAUAGACUUUGUAGACCGACAAGACAGUUCACUGGCAUUUGCUGCAUUCGGCGCUGCCAACCAUCACAGUUACCCCCUGGCUGUCGUACAAGUCUCCCCAGCCGGACUACCUCAUGAAUUCCUCUUGUGUUUCCAUGAGUUUGGUGUUUUUGUGGAUGGCAAGGGCAGAAGGAGCCGACCACUGGAUGUGAAAUGGAGUGGACUUCCUCUUACAUUUGUGUACCGAGAGCCGUUCCUCUACAUCACAUACUUCAACUGUAUCCAGGCAACUGUUGUCCCUGCCAGCAAACAGGAAGUCAAAGGCCGUAAGACCAUCAUUGACCUUCAGUCUCCUCGUUACUUGGGGCCGGCAGUGAUGGCAGGAUCGGUGUACAUCAUGGCCUGCCACAACAACGCCAUCGAGCUGAUGUGUCUACGUGGCCUGGAGGAGCAUGACAUCACAGAUGACAAGGAGAACAGGAGAGUAGACAGUUUACGGUAUUCUGACAAGAUGCAAGUGAGGUUUGUGAGUCCCCAGAAGGAGUCGAGAAGACGACUCUCGCUUACAUCAAUUGACAGCAAUACAACAGAAUCCAGCAGCAGUUAGUUCCCCUGAAAACACAACCAGCAUAAUUCCAAGAUCCAGAUUUGUGGAGUUUAUCAGAACUGUGCAAUGUAUUCCUGAAUCUCGUCAGGUAGCAUUACAUGGAGCUACACCGUCAUUCAGUGACAAUGUAUGCUGCCGUAACAUUUCCGUUCAUGUCUGUUGAACAUGGAAGCAGACUUCAUGUCAUUGAAUGAGGGUAUUUACUAUAUCAUCUCCAGUAAUAGUGCUUAGACAUACACAUGGAUAUUGGUUUAAAAUCAUGUAGCUGGCAUGAGAAUGGGGUUGAUGUAUUUUAGAUAACACUGAGAGUUAGAUGGGGAUCAGGGGACUACAGUAUAUCAUUAUGUGUAUGUUGUAAUGACAAUGAUCACAAAAGUGACGUGUCAAGAUGCAAGGGAACUCAUCAUCACUGAAAUAAUCUGUUAGGAACUAAAUCAUGUCACUGUUCACUAGAUCUUCUAAUUCAACACAGUGAGAUUACCAUUGAAUGGCAUGAAUAUGCCCCAAGGAAAAGCUUCUGAUAUAUCUAAUGCAGAAAAUACUGUUUGUGUAGACGCAGGAAUGUCAAUAUGUAAUGUUAAUAUCCAUUGUGUUUAUCAAGUGACGUGAGUGAGUGAGAGAACUGACAAGUUGAGUUUACAAUGAAACCUAGUUCCAGAACUUUGUCCAAGCUUGACAUGUUUUCAGAGGUGCCACAACUGAUAAUGAAAAUAAUUGGAAAUAUUUUUCAACACAUAUUCAUGGUGUUAAUUGUAUCUAAAGAUGCUACUGGAACUGUAUCAUGUAAGAGACAUCAACUUACUAGUGAGGACUAUCAGAGUUGGAGGUACUCUUAGAAUAAUGACUGGAUUGUGCAAUAUCGGUCACCUCUGGUUGUGGUUUUGAAGUAACCUGCAUUGCACAUAGUUACAGGGUUGUAAUUUUUGUAACAGGCUUAAAUAUUACAUGAGUUGUAUGAAAGGUUUAGAAUGUGUAUAAGAUCUGUGCAGGUUGUUUCAGAAGAAAGCAACCUGAAAAUACCAAGAUUGAGUUUUGACAACUCUGUUGUGUUCAUGGUGUAAAAUGUCAUUUAUCCUUUAUCAUCCUGAUCUCUUGCUGUCCUCUGAAACAUAUUUGUUGAUAUUUAUCAUGUACAUGCUUGCUGUAUCAAUACUACUGUGAAUAUGAAUCCCAUUAAAACAUAUGACAAUACAA